AUGACUAGUGUGAAAAAGUCUUCUGGUUCGACUAACAGGUUAGCAACCGAGAAAUUUAUCGAACGUAUCAAAAAAAAUCCAUGUUUAUUUGAUAAUGAAGUGAAAAGAAAAAGCAGCCCAAAAGAUAUAGAUUUUAUUUGGAAACAAAUAGCUGAUGAUAGUGGUUUAUCAAUUGGUCAAGCCAAAAGAAAGUGGUCUUAUCUCGUCGAAACAUACAAAGCCAGUACACGUAAUGAUCCGACUAAAAAAUGUUUCUUCAAACGUGAGCUUAAUUUUUUGAUCGCGUUCGUACAAGAAAUUUCGGCCGACGAGAUUCAAGAGACGGGGCGUGUUAUAAAAACAGAGCUUCCAUAUAAUUACCCAGAUAGUUGGUCAGAAAGUUCGACAUCAAGAAAGAGACCAAGAUCUUCGCUAGACGAUCAUCUUCCCUCGACUUCUUCAGCAUAUCAACCGGUGCGUGGUCCGCAGCGAUAUUCAAGUACGUCAGUGCCCGUUGAUAACAAUGACGAGAUGAUGCAUUUCUUCAUAUCUAUGUGUUGCACCGCCAAAACGUUGCCGCGUGAUUUACAGAUACAGAUCAAGUCCAAGAUUUCUGAACUCAUUAAUGGAGCUGAGCUUACUGCUAUGCAGAGGGAUAUUCAAUAA